CCGGAAGCGGAAGUGACGCGGGGGUCCUGGCGCUGUUGCCAGAGCGCCCGGCGGAGCCGCGUCCCGUUCCUAUCCCGUCCCGCCGCGAUGAGCGCGGCCGGGCUGGUGUCCGCUACGCCGCCCGCUCCAGCCCCGCCCGGGGCACCCGCCCCCGCCAUGCCUCCCGGCCCCGAAUAUUACGAGGAGGAGGAGCUGGAGAGCGCCGAGGAGGAGGAUGGCGAGCGGAGCGCUCGGGCCCGAGACUCCGAUGAGGAUACUGAGGAUGCUAGCGAGACUGAUCUGGCAAAACAUGAGGAGGAAGACUUUGUAGAAAUGAAAGAACAGAUGUAUCAGGACAAACUGGCAUCUCUUAAGAGGCAAUUGCAGCAGCUGCAGGAAGGUACUCUUCAGGAAUAUCAGAAAAGAAUGAAAAAGUUGGACCAGCAAUACAAAGAAAGGAUACGAAAUGCUGAACUAUUCCUCCAGCUGGAAACAGAUCAGGUGGAAAAAAAUUACGUCAAGGAAAAGAAGGCAGCAGCAAAGGAGUUUGAAGAUAAGAAAAUUGAGCUUAAGGAAAAUUUGAUUGCAGAGUUGGAAGAGAAGAAGAAAAUGAUUGAGAAUGAAAAGUUAACCAUGGAAUUAACAGGAGAUUCUAUGGAAGUGAAGCCUAUCAUGACAAGGAAACUGAGGCGACGACCAAAUGAUCCAGUUCCCAUCCCAGACAAGAGGAGGAAACCUGCCCCUGCUCAGCUAAAUUACUUGUUGACGGAUGAGCAAAUAAUGGAGGACCUGAGAACCCUAAACAAGCUUAAAUCACCCAAGAGACCAGCCUCUCCUUCCUCCCCUGAGCACCUCCCAGCUACACCAGCAGAGUCUCCAGCGCAGCGGUUUGAGGCCCGGAUAGAAGAUGGAAAACUCUACUAUGAUAAAAGAUGGUACCACAAGAGCCAGGCCAUUUACCUGGAGUCUAAAGAGAACACUAAGAUCAGCUGUGUCAUCAGUUCUGUGGGCGCCAACGAGAUCUGGGUGAGGAAAACCAGUGACAGCACAAAGAUGAGAAUCUAUCUGGGACAGCUGCAGCGAGGUGUUUUUGUGAUUCGUCGGCGAUCAGCUGCAUGACUUUGGGUGGCAGUCACAUCCCAGUAACUGAUGUAUGUACGUGGAUCUGGAGUGGAGUGUUAUGGCUGGGCUGAUGCAUUGUGUUUUCAGCUGAAGGACCUCACAUAUAUUUGCUGUGUUUAAAAAUUCAGCUACAUCUGGACUUCUGGUGGGAAAAGGAGGGCGUUGCUGUUUCCCACCCUUAAAAAUGUGCCAUCUUUGCUGCAGAGUUAGGUGGAACGCAGCAGGCUGUAUUUUGUCAAGUUAACAGCAUACUUAAUAUAACUUAACGUUCUCUGUGUGUAUGACAGGGUUUUAUAUAAGGUGAUCAUGUACUAAACAGGAUUUGUCACUAAGCCUUAAAGUGAUCAUCAUAGUUCUUAUAAUAAAAAGCAUUAAGUAAAUAGCAGGAUUUUUUUCCUACCUUCAUCAUGUUAUGAGCACUCACACUGGGGGAAGUAGUUGAAAACGUGGUGGAGUUUUGGGAAGAUACCUUGCUGACCUGCUAGCAGCAGAUGGUCUCUUUUUCUGUAAUGUUGUCUUCAAAGGGAUUUGUAGAAAGCUGGAAAUGCAGCAGUUCUCUUAGAGCCAGCGUGAUAUUGGUGCACAUCAUAGAAGCUUGAUUCUAUAGCUUCAUCACUGCUGCUCAGUCUGAAUCAACAUCAGCUCACCUUCCCUAUCCUUAGGCAGAAGAGGGAGGAAACAACAGCUGCACUCACAGUCCCAAACCUGCCUUUCCAUUGCUGUGGUCUGAUGUUGCAAGGUUUGCAGUGGGAGGGGUAACAUCUUCAGUUCACUCCCAAAUCAGUAUCUGAAUGGUCUCCUGGCAGCAACCCCCUGUGGGACUGUUGCACUGUUUCCUUCUCUAACCUGGUGUUGAUUCAGAGCAACGUGGGUCUGGUUUGCAAGCACUUUGACAUCAAACUCAUGCUGUUUUCACACUGAUUUUGAAUGUUCAGAAAGGAUUGUAUGAAGGUUGUAAUAACUCCUGUCCUUUGCCCAUUGCCUAUUUCCCCACUGCCCCUGAAUUACCUUUUGAAAUUUAAUUUCUGCUUUUGAGCGUGGGCCUGUAGCCCUCUUUUUGCUCAUAUUAAAUUACUGCAUGGAAGGUAUUUCAUUUUAAGGCUGCUUGAUAAUUUCAGCUUUUCAUGAAAUGGAUGUCUUUCUUACUGAUCACUGUGAAAAAUCCGUCUGGCUCGUCUGUAAAAGUGAACAAAUAUUGUAUCCUGUUUUUCCAAGCAGGCUGCUAUAUAAUAACCUGUGCCAUCACAGGCUGCAAAUGCUAAAAAUGCUGUGCCUCACUGUGCACUCAGGACAGCAGACAUUUCUUGAAUCCUUGAGGGAUGCUCCAAAUGCACUGUGGUGAGGAUGUGCCUUGUUGUGGAUGUCAAUGGCAGAAAUGAGAAUGUCCUGCUGGUUGGAAAAAGCCCAGUUACCCAAGGAGAUGGGCACAGUCUUUCCUAACUUCUAAAAGAAAAUGUUUGGUUUUUUUGUCUGUCUGCUAUUUGUCUAACAUCAGUCUUUUGAAAAACCCAGAUCUUCAGUGAACAGAAAUGGCUUUGUGGGUAUGAAAAUAUUUCAUCCUCGUUAUUUGUUUAAAGUAAAUUCAAGAGAUGGUUUUAACUGCUGGCUAUAAAGGUUCUUAAAGAAGGGUGAACUUUCUGCCAAUAACAGAUUUUUCUGAGGGUUAAACUGUAGCUGGCUGGUAGCUCCUGUUUGGCACUGUUGUCAUUACACUGAGAAACAGACUGUGUCUGCUGGGGAAAAACCAACACAUUAUUUAGUACUUGAUCAGCCAUUAGAUACUGAAAUAUAAAGGAAGCCACAUCAGCCAACCAACUUCCAGUGACUUUUUGACAUCAUGCUCACUGAAAAGUUUCAGAAAUGUUUUUACAAGGAUGAAUGCUGAUCCAAGAAAUUGUCUUAUUCAGCUCGUGUGCUUUGUCUGUAGGGAUACAGAGUGAUGUAGCAAUGAAAGCCCUGAGUGUUUGCAAUUUUUCACGUUGCUGAAGCACUUACAAAAACGAAAUCUAAAAGAGCCAGAAAUUGUUGUGACCUUUCUGAAUAACUGUGAAAAAAAAACUGAAAAAAAAAAAUGGUUUGAGACACCUUUGGGAUUCUUAUUCUGCAGAAGCAAACAGAGCCAACACAAAGCGAUUGAGAAGAUGUGGGUGUUUGUGGUGUGCUGCUCCUAGUUUCUGUUUGUCCAAUUUGAAGAAUGAAAUUGUAAUAUGCUUUUUAAAGUAUCCAGGAGACAAAAGCAGAUGUCCUGGAUGAAUGGAAGUCUCAAUCCACGUUUUGUGCAGUUAAAGAAUUCCACUAUUUUGAUAACGUUUAAGUAUUGAAGUGUAUAAAGCUUGAUGAUCCUUGAGGUCCCUUCCAACCCAGGCCAUUCUGUGAUAAAUGCAAUAUACUUUCAACGGUGUAUUUUGAAGCAAGGUAGACAUCUAAGCUCUCAACAUGUGAACAAGGCUUUGAGCAGAACUAUAGGAAGAGUUACUUAAGUCUUGGGAUCUGAAACGUCCAAGCUGGUCAUUUUUAGGCCAUCAGAACCCAUAGAUUUAACACUCUAGAAACUGCUUUGAGUUAUUUUAUCAAUCUUGAGUUUGCCUCUCAUGCAAACCAUCUGUUGCCCACUAUGCCUGAGGUUGCUUUGUGAUUUUUCAAUUAAUUCUAUUCUUCAUCCACACGCUCUAUCCUAAACCCUGAGAGGAAAACAUAUCAGAACAGAAAGUGAUGAGGCAUGUGUUUUUCAUUUCACUUUAUUAACGUUCCUUACUUUUAUUGAGUUAGGAUUCUUCUGACAGUGAUUGCCUUCAAAUCUCUCCUGUUUAUUUCAUGCCUGUGUCAGGUAAUGAAAGCUUAAUGAUCUUUAAUUAAAAUGACUGCAAAUGUAAAGCAGUGUUAAAAAUUGCAUCGUAAGGUUUUUGCUUGCUUAUUUUGACAUUUUUGGGAACCGGCGUUCCGAACCCCAUAUAUCAGGAGGCAGUGGGUGGUGUAAAGACUGAAUACUAACAGCAGUAAAUCAGUUACUAUGGUUGUACAAACUUGGUAUGAACACAGGAGGCAAACGUUCUAUUAGAAGGGAUUGCUGUCAUAGUAGAAGUUUCACCCGUUAGAACUAUUAAAGCCCUUGGUUUAGGAGUGUCCUGAAGAGCAUGAGACAUAGCAGAAAAGUUUUGCUUGGAUUUUUGGGCCCAGGUUGUGUGCACUGUGGUAGUGCUGAUACGUUACUCCAGCAGUAUUGGUUCAGUCUCAUUUUGUAUAAAAUAGCUUGGCAAAACUUUCCAGAGUUACCAGCCCUCCCUCGGUCGUUAGUUGUGUUCUUCCUUAAACAAUUCAAAACUAUUGUUGUUUGUUUAAUGCUGAUAUUCUGAUGUCCAUAGGGAGCAGCGUGCAUCUGGACUGGUGUGUUACAGCAUCUUCUGCAUGUGCCUACCCUCUGCUACCUGCGUGCUGAAGACCUUUGGAUCAUAUUGCUAUGCUGUGCCUUCUUACAACACUGUUGCUUAUUUUCUUCAACUGCAAAGCGUUGCUACUUUAAUUAAUUAGUGAGCAUUUUUACAGCUUUUGUAUCCUUCUGUUACCAAACACCUUGCUGAAUCAACGUGGUGCCUCAGAUGAAGUCUGAUGCUGGAGGAGUGCGGUGUGUUGCCCAGCAGGUUCAGUGUGACUUCAGCAUGUGAUGCCUUUGGUGAGUGCUUGAUGACCAAGGACGUGGUCUGCUCCUGUGACUGUGUUUGUUGCUUGUCUUGCUGUACUACUCACUCCAGUGAGCUGAGCGUGCUUCCAAGAGGCUGUGAAGAUGAUCACAAACAUGCAGCUGUUGUUUAUCUGAUAGAGCUUGAUUAGCUGUCACCUAUUCCCUUGGGGUCUCCAGUGAGCAGUUUUCUUUCAGGAUCCUACAGCUGUAAUAUUAGGGCAACGUGCUGGAAGGGUGGUGAGGGUGAGCUUUGCCUGCUUGCUGCUCAACCCAACCAGCAUCACCAGAGCCUGUGGAAAGCCUCCUGCUUCUCAUGGGGCUGGUUUUUGUGCUGCCCUCUGUCACACUUGAUUGGCCCCUGGUGGCACCACUCUCCUGUUAAGCCAACAAGAGGCAGCUAGGCUGAGAGGUAAUGGCCUCAAGUGGUGCUGGGGUGGUUCAGGUUGGAUAUUAAGAAACGUUUCUACUCAGAGUGGUGAUGCAGUGGCACAGGCUGCCCAGGGAGUGAUGGGGUCAGCAUUCUUGCAGGUGUUCCAGAACUGUGGGAACGUGGCACUUGAUCAGUGGGCAUGGUGGGGUGGAACUUGG